AUGUUAUUCCAAAAAUGGAUAUUCGCCGUUUUCCUGCCGGUUUUAAUCAAAUCCGAUGACCAAUGUGGACGCCACGCCGACACCGAUUCGAUGGCCGAAGCCAGGGCUUUCCUGGGACCUUUUGGAGCGGAUGUGAGCCUUUUUUUUGAUUUAAAAAAAAUUUUGGGAAUGUAAUUUUAGAAAGAAGAUCGAUUUUCAAAAUUCUCCUUUCGAAAAUCUCUUUCGACUUUAGAUUUGAUAAACUUUUAAGGAAAAAUGUUGAUUAUCUCUUUAAUCAAGAUUUGAUAGUUUUUUUUCUGAUGAUUCACAUUCCAAAGAUUCUUUAUAGAAGGAAUAAAUACUCAGUAGGAGAAACAAACUAACUUUCGCCUUUUUUUUUAAUGAAAAAGGUUCUUUUUUCUGAUUAGAUGAUCUCAUAGCCGACUUUGCCUACCUUUGAACCAAUUUCAAAAAUAACAAAAUCGUAAUUUGUCUUCUUGUUCACAAUGAAAUUUUACAAGGUGGACGGUUAAAUAUUCGAGGAAACUUUGCAAGCAAUCUAAAUAAGAAAAGAUUCUUUGAAUUCCCAAUUAAAGCCUUCUCUUUUAGUUCCCUUAAUUUUCCUUCUUCAACAGAACUCUACACAACUGCCAGAGCACCGACUGAUCGGAGGAGUGGAGACCAAACCGCGAACCUGGCCUUGGACAGUCCAGCUCUUGCUCCACGGACAUCAUCGAUGUGGCGGGGCUCUCAUCGACUCUCAGUUUGUGCUCACUGCGGCGCAUUGCCUUUCGAGAAAGUUUGUGUUUUUUUUCUCAGCUUUUAUGCGAUUUUUCUAGAUUUCCUUACAUUUAUUAUGCCGAUUCAGUUCUUGCGAUUGAGACUUUCUCAUAGAUUUCCUAUUUUUGCGUGGAUCUAGGUAUAACAUAUGGUAUUGCGAACCUCAAUAUCGUAGAAACUUUGAAAGAAAAAUCGUCAAUCCAAUUGUUCUGUAUCAAAGUAACUAAAAAAGUUGAAAGCGAAAAUUUAAAAAAAAAUUUCUUAGGGACCAUAAUAUUAGUCAGUAUGACUUCAAACACUCUAGAAGGACAUUUUUCAGAAAGAUUUCCAGAAGUUAAAAAAAAAAUUGAAUAUUCAGUCAAAUACCCCAACACUACACGGUCCGAGUUGGAGGUCAGCAAUCUCACACCGGCUCAAAACAUCGCGUCGUUCAGUUCUCAUCACAUUUUCUCUACAAUGUCGGCGCCCCUACGGCUAACGACCUCAGUAUUGCACAGUUGGUUCUUUUUUAUUACAACGUACAAUUAGAAUUUUCUACUCUGUUCAAAUCGCUAGAAAAUCAAGAAUUUUUGAGGUUAUGCAUGUGAAACUGACGCCUAGGAGAGUCCGAUAAAUUAUAUAUUUUUUGAGGUGGAAUUCAUAAUGCCGUGUUCAAAGUAAUUUCCGUGAAAUGCGAAAUGGUCUCUGACUCUCCAAAAUUAGGUUAUCUUUUUUUUUUCUCUGACGACUAUUUUGAAUUUCGCGGAAUUACUUUGAACACGGUUUAAAGAAAAAAAUGUCUUGUCAAGAAAAGUUUUUUUAAUAUUCUGAAGAUUUUUGGAAAAAUGUCAAAAAAAUCACAGGAUCGAUCCUCCAGUCAACAUUAGCGAGAACGCCAGGACGAUUUGCCUACCAAAGUGGCCAGUGGAAGAAAAAUCGAAUUUGUGUGGUAACAGGUGGGAGAAGAAUUUGAAUAUUAAAGAAAUUCUGUUGAUUCGAAGCUUUUAAGAAACUCGAGAGUACGACAAUAAAACUAAAAAUAUCGUACAUUCAAAACUUUUUUGGGAUGAUUCAAAGUGAAAAAGCCAAAUAAGCAUUUUUUAAUGAAAAUGAAAAAUUUUACGAUAAAUCUUCGAAGAGAGGAAAAAAUUCAGAGGCAUAGGCAAAGUCGGAAACGGUGGAAAAAGGCUUCAUAAAAUCUUUUUUAGAAUUACAAUUUUUGGCCCAUUUCACCGGCUCUUAUGCACCAUUUUUGCUGCCUCACCCUUUUUUCAACAUUUUUUAAGACUUUAAAACCCCAGAAAAAAUAGAAGACUCUUUUUGCUGCUCUUCUGCAGCCUUUUUUGAGCCUCUUCCUUUUAGCGGCCAUUAUCCAUCAUUCCAACUUUGCCUAUGCAUAAAACGGAAAAUUUAGCUUAAUUAACUAUUUUCCGAGCCCUACGAAUCAAUUAAUUCGUUAAAACAGGCUGGGGAUCAUUGUACGAGAACGGACCACACACGCAGAAACUCCACGAGAUUCGUGUUCCGAUCAUGCCUUUUUGGGAGUGCAACAACUUGCCGCAGUUCGCCGGACGCCUACAUUAUUCGUCAAUGAUUUGUGCCGGUUAUAAUCAUGGCUCUAUCGAUUCUUGCCAGGUUGGAGCUGAUUUUCUAUCACAAAUAUAAAAACAGCGAAAAAAGUCAGCUUCCUUGGCAAAAAAAAAAGCCGUUUCAGAAAGAUCUAGUUCAUUCACAUCCACCUCUCAAAUGCUAUAUGGCUAGGCCGUUUCAAAUUUUCUCACCCUGCAAAGAAUUCUAAAAAUGAUGAGAGAAUGAAUCGCUACAACUUUGAUGGAUUUUCGCUCUUCAGAUCUAGUUAAGGAAAUGAUAACUGUUUUCUCUAUUCGAAUUCAACAGCUAAUGGCUGAAUUUGAAAAUCAGAUGAUUUUAGUAACAAAAAAAGAUUUUUAAGGUUCUCAGUUGAAAAAAAUCUUAAAUUUUUCUUAUUGAAAAAAAAAUCAUAUCAGUUUUGGAAUGGCUCGAAGCCUUGGAAAUGAAAUUUUUUUUGUUUUAAAAUGAGGCUUCUGUACUGCGUGAAAAUGCUUUUAAACUUUCAAAAAAAUUAGGUCGAUGAAAAUAAAAAAGACGCUGGGCAAUUCAAAAGCACAGACUGGCCUGAGCUUUCAUUUUUUUUUUUGAAGCAAUUUCCCUAGGCUUCUUUGAUUAUGAAAUCAACCUUCAAUCAAUCAACUAAGGACCUAAUUGAAGGGAGAUAGUGGCGGACCGCUAAUGUGUGCAAACGAAGGCCGCUGGGAGGUGGCCGGAAUCGUCAGCUGGGGCUACGGCUGCGGCCGGCCAAGAAACCCCGGAAUCUACUCGAACGUUUUCGCCGCCAAGGCUUGGAUCGAGAUGGAAAUGUUCCGCAUGAAGUUACUAACCAGAUAA